AUGCUGAUAACGCACAACUUUUGUGAAGCACUUGCCAAACGGGCUACAGAAUUUAUUAAAUUUCCAGAGACUGAGCAAGAGGUGCUACAAAGCAUUGGCUUGUUCACAAACAAGUCCCCAUUCCCGCAUGUGGUAGGAGCAGUUGACGGUAGUCAUAUUGCAUUAAAAACAGUGCCUGUCAACGAACGGAUUGAAUACUUUAAUCGAAAGCAAGAUUAUUCUAUUGUUAUCCAAGGUGUCGCUGAUGCGUCUUUUAGAUUUCUUGAUGUAAGUACGGGCUAUCCCGGUAGCAUUCACGACGCCCGUAUUCUCCGUCUGAGCAAACUACAGAGAGAAAUUGAUCAAGGUACCUGGCUAAACGGGCCUUCAAAGAUAAUUGGGAGUUCCGAAGUUGGUCCUCUUCUGGUAGGGGACUCGGCGUAUCCCUUGUCUGUUUGGCUGAUGAAGCCUUUUAAGCAAACACCUACAUUAACUGAGAGCCAAUUGCGUUUCAAUCGUGCCCUCAGCCAAGCCCGAGUAGUUACAGAACAAGCUUUCGGAAUUUUGAAAGGUCGUUGGAGGUGUCUCUAUAAACCACUGGAGGAAAAAACAAGCAGAGUCCCCACCACUAUCAUGGCUUGUUGUGUCCUUCAGAAUAUUUGUAUAGAUGUUGGAGAUCCGAGUGCUAUAGACCCCGUUGAGGAUGACGAUGAAAUGGAUCAAAGUUCUUGCAAUGGAGAUGAGCAGUCUGACGCAAGGGGCAUUAGAGAAGAUAUUAUGAACUAUUUAUCAUAG